AUGGCCUAUCCGGGAGAUAGGGAGGAUAACAGCACAUCGCCUCUCCUGGAUGAUCCCGAGAGACGGUCCGGGGAUAUUUGGGAUGAUGCUGCUGCCGUGGCCAAACAGGCAGAGAAAGAAGAGGAGGCUAAAAGCAGCUGGUACUUGUUCCUAUUAGCUCUCAGCAUCGGGGGGCUGCAGAUUGUAUGGUCAGUUGAGUUAUCAAAUGGAUCCCCAUAUUUACUCUCACUUGGAAUGAGCAAGUCAUUACUUGCAUUUGUAUGGAUUGCAGGACCCUUGACUGGGACUUUGGUGCAGCCAUACGUUGGAAUCAGAAGUGAUAACUGCCGCGUUAGCUGGGGAAAACGAAAACCCUUUAUGAUCGGAGGGGGCAUUGCUACUGUUUUCUCUUUGCUGGCACUGGCAUGGGUAAGGGAGAUAGUGGGAGGAAUCCUAUCACUACUUGGAGCACCUCCUGAAUCGUCCGGGGUCAAAGUAACUAUCAUCGUGGUGGCGACUUUACUGAUGUACUGCCUUGAUUUUGCUAUCAAUACGGUUGAUAAUGCCCCUGCACAUCAGCAAGAAGCUGCAAAUGCAUGGGCAAGCAGGCUGACAGGCAUUGGAAAUAUUGUGGGCUACAUAUCAGGCUAUCUGAAACUCCCCGAGAUAUUUCCUUUCUUCGGAGAUACUCAGUUCAAAGUCCUUUGCGUGAUUGCAUCCUUGUGCCUGGGGCUUACACUCCUGGCCAGCUGUUCAUACAUCACCGAGCGUGACCCACGGUUAGAAGGGCCCCCGACAUCAGAGAACCCAGGCGUCCUUGCAUUUUUCGUGCAGGUGUUCAAGUCAAUACGAAGGCUACCUCCCCGGAUUCGAAAGGUCUGCGAGGUCCAGCUCUGUGCAUGGGUUGGCUGGUUCCCAUUCCUGUUCUAUUCAACUACCUAUAUCGGACAGCUCUAUGUCAAUCCCAUAUUUGACCAGCACCCUCACCUGUCCAAGGAGGAGAUGGAUGCUGUCUGGGAAAAAGCAACUAGAAUAGGUACUUUCGCCCUUUUGAUAUACGCCAUCACCUCGUUUGUAGGAAGCAUUGUCCUGCCCCUGGUGAUUGUGCCGGGUUAUCGACCACCGGUUGCAUCAGAAGCGAGCUCUCCGCCCCAGAACCGGCCAUAUUUGAGCAAUCGACCGUCGACAUCGACGCUUUCUUUCACCGCGUCAGCUGGUUCUGCUAUCGAACCGGCCGUUAUCGAGCCAAUCCAUGAUCCCAGCAGGUCGGAUGAACGAGGAGGGGGGAGGUGGUCAUCCAUCCUCUCCAAACUGCAGGUUCCCGGUCUCACUCUGCGCAAGCUCUGGCUCAUCUCGCAUAUUCUCUUCGCACUGUGCAUGUUUAGCACGAUCUUCGUGUCGUCGCCGGCAGCUGGAACAGUGGUGAUCGCAACCGUUGGCCUAUCCUGGGCACUCACUCUCUGGGCCCCCUUCGCACUUAUCUCUGCGGAGGUAGCACAGCGUGAUGCAGCACACAGACGGCAAAGACGUUCGCUCCGGCCUCGGACAGCUUCAGAUCCUUCUCCCAUUGGCCCUCGUCCACGCCCUUUGCAAUCUCAUGUUGGAGCCCAUGAAAGAGACGUCGAGGAAGAGUCUAGUGCUAGCGUGGUUGACCAUGAUGCAGGAGAUAAAGAUGAAACAGUCGACCAGGCGGGGAUUAUCCUGGGAAUCCAUAAUGUCUCGAUUUCGUGUCCGCAGAUCGUAUCGACCCUGAUCAGCAGUGUUAUUUUCAAGGCCCUCCAGAAACCGCGGGGAGCAGCCUGGGAUGACAGUGUUGGAUGGGUGCUUCGGUUCGGGGGUUGCGCUGCCCUGGGAGCGGCAUGGUUCACUAGCACGAUGGGUGACGGGCCUUCCCAGAGCACUGAAGACGAGGCCGUCUAG